UGUUGUAGUUACAAAUAGGCUAGCUACAGGAAGACUUUUUAUGAUGGCUAGCUAGCUAACUGUGGUUCUUCGAAUACAUAAGUUUAUCCUAUGCUGAAGAGUUGGUAGACGGUGAGAGCUGGAAAUGCCCACCUUCAUAACCCCAGAUACCUGACUCAAAGCAGAUUUCGUCAGGAGGUACUUCCCCCUUCACUGUGGUGGAAAUGCCAACUGUGAUCCGGGAUAAAGAGGAUUCAGAGUCCUCAGAGGAUGAGCAAGAGGACCAUCCUUGCAUUGCCUGGAGUGGCCUCAGCAGGAAGAUCCCAGUCCUGGUGUUCUUUGCUGAAGCCAUCGUCUCUAAAGAUGGAAACAUCCGUUCUGUUGGAGAACGGUAUAACCUGGCCUUCAAGAUUGUGCGUACAGAGAGCCGGCUGGUUCGUGGCUUACUGACCACUCAUGGAUUCCAUGAGAUCCAUCCAAACAGUAAUGACUUCAACCUCAUGUGGACGGGGUCUCACCUCAAGCCUUACCUCCUACGCAGCCUUCAAGACUUCCAGAAGGUCAACCACUUUCCCAGGUCAUAUGAACUGACGCGCAAAGAUCGGCUGUAUAAAAACAUCCAGCGGAUGCAGCAGUCUCACGGCUUUAAAAACUUCCACAUCGUCCCUCAGACCUUUGUGCUUCCCUCAGAGUACCAGGAGUUCUGUAGUUCUUUCGUCAAGGACCAGGGCCCCUGGAUCAUUAAGCCAGUAGCAUCUUCAAGAGGACGAGGGAUCUACCUGGUCAGCAAUCCUACCCAGAUUCCAAUGGAUGAGAACAUCUUAGUUUCUCGCUACAUCAAUAACCCAUUACUGAUUGACGACUUCAAGUUUGAUGUGCGGUUGUAUGUGCUGGUGACAUCAUAUGAUCCACUCACUAUCUAUCUCUAUGAGGAGGGCCUGGCCAGGUUUGCCACUGUGAAGUAUGACUGUGGCACAAAGAACAUCAAGAACCAGUUCAUGCAUCUCACAAACUACAGCGUGAACAAGAAGAGCAGCGACUAUGUCAGUUGUGAUGACCCUGAAGUGGAGGAUUAUGGGAACAAAUGGAGCAUGAGUGCAAUGCUGCGGUAUUUGAAGCAGGAGGGAAAAGACACCACAUUGCUGAUGAGUCAGGUGGAGGACCUGGUGAUUAAGGCUGUGUUGAGUGCUGAGCUGCAGAUAGCCACUGCCUGCAAGAUGUUUGUGCCCCACAGGAACAACUGCUUCGAACUGUAUGGCUUUGAUGUGCUCAUCGACUCCAACCUCAAACCAUGGCUCCUGGAGGUCAACCUCUCUCCCUCCCUGGCCUGUGAUGCUCCUCUGGAUCUGAAGAUAAAGGCCAGCAUGAUAUCAGACAUGUUUUCUAUUGUGGGCUUUGUUUGUCAGGACCCCCUGCUACGACAACCCCGCUCUGAACGGGUGGCUCUGGACCCGGGCCUGAAGUACCCAGCCCCCAAAGCACAGCGUCCUUUAUCUGCUCAGUCCACCAUUGCACCCUCCAAAGUGCGGCAGAGACCCCUGUCAGCCAACAACACUGACACAGACGGGCCUAAGGAGAAGCCAGGAAGUAAACAGGGGGACAGCACCCUGGGCCUGACUGCUGAGGAGGUGAAAGUCCUGAGGAGGAUAAGAGAGGAGCACGAGAGACGAGGCGGGUUCAUCCGGAUCUUCCCCACCCCAGAGACAUGGGAACUGUAUAGUGGUUAUCUGGAAUAUAAGACAUCGAUGAACUCCAUGUUGGCUAACAGACUUUUCCAUGGAGGAUUGGGGAAAGCGGUGGUGACCUCAAGAUCACGGAAGCUGAAUGGUAAUGUGCAGCUGCAGGUGGAUGUGUUCCACGCGUGUCACGUGAUCCAGUACGAGAGGAAGCUGUUGUCGCUGGAGGCACGGAGGCGGAGGCUGCGCCACCUGGCAGAGCACUCCGCCAUGGGGAGGAAAAGAGCAGCGAGGGGUCGCAAGGCCUCCCCUACUGGGACCAGUGACGAGGAGGAUGUUGAAGAGGGGGAGGAGAGGGUUCAGGAGGAAGAGGAGAAGAAUAAGAAAGCCCUGGGUUCAUUAGUGGUGCAGGCUGACAGUGUGCCCACCUCACUGAAGCGGUUCCACAAUGAGGCCCUGUCCUCAGCAGAACCGGCCCGAUGCACCACUGCCAAACCCAAAGUCAACCUGCUCCACAUCCUCCAGCAGGGCUGGGACCUCAGUAAGGUCCAGGCUCGGAUGGCCUUCUCCUCCUAUCUCCUUCGGGUGCAGAUGAGGCUACUCGCAGAGAGCAGGACUAUCGCUAACUCCGCCUGGCCAGAGAAGGACAAUGAGCAAAUGGAGCUGGUGAUCCGCUUCCUGAAGCGUGCGGCCAGUAACCUUCAGCAGGACAUGAGGAUGGUCCUGCCCAGUCGCCAGCUCCCCCUCCAGGAUCGCCGACGCAUCCUGUCCCACCAGCUAGGAGAGUUCAUCCACUGCUACAACAAGGAGACAGAGCAUAUGGUGAAGAAAGUGGAGAAGAUCAAAGACCAAGAACAUUGUAUCAACCCCAGUGUGUUUCAGGAGUUUAUUGCUGAGGCAAGUGAAAGUGAUCUGGAGGAGGUCCUGACAUUCUACACACAUAAAAACAAAUCAGCCAGUGUCUUUUUAGGAACCAAACGUCGGAGCACUAAACCUGACAAUAGCAACAGCCUAGGUUCAAGAGAGCCAGCUACCACAGAGAACCAGAAAACUUUGCCCAUGGCAAAAGAGGGCUCCAGCGCCUCUGAGUCCUCAACGUCUGAAGUCAGAAACAGCACAGACCAGGCCAGUGUAGUCCAACCCACUGCUGACCAACCCACCGGAGAGCAACCGGCUGCAGCCCUCAGAAGUAGUAAACAGCCCGAGGUCCAGGCCUCCCAGCACUCCUCCAGCUUUCCAGCUGCCUUAGACUGUGGCCACAUCCACCUGCAGCACUUUUCUCACCCCCAGAACCCACCCCAGUCUCUUCCCCUGCACUGUCCCCCACCACCGCCCCCAUCUCAGCCCCCAUCCUACGACCAGUCCCACUUUCGCCUCCACUCCCCUCGCCAGCCAGAAACCCCUCCACAGCCCCAGGCCUCUGUGUUCUCCUCAACCUCGACCCUUGUCCCCCAGCCCCCUCGGGUAAUAUGGGCAGCUGCCCGCUCUGGUCCCACCACAGUCUCAGCACCACCAGUCUCCCAGGUCCUAAGGCAGGUCCAGUCCUUUACCUCCACCUCCUCUGCGGCUGCAGCCUCGUCCUCCAUGCCUGGUGCCAUCCACAUCUACAGCCAGAAGAUCUCCAGGCCCACCUCUGCAGGUCAAGCAAUCAGAAGGACGCCCUCCAGCCGGCCCAGACCAGAUCCAAAUGGGGUCUUUAAUAAGGACCUGGACUCACUGCCUGCUCAGGCGCAGUCCAACCAACAAGCCAUAGUCUCAGCCCUGCAGAAACUGGCAGAGAAGCAGGCUGCCCGCCAGUACAACAGCUCCAGCCACAUCAGUCUCCUAACACAACACUUGACCAACCUGAACCUGACUAACAGGGUGCUGAGCAGAGGGGCCAUCACCCUGACCCCAGCAGUGCGGCAUGGUCAUGGGACUGGAGCUGUGACCCAGCGGCCUGUCAGGGCUGUCCACUCUGACACAGGGCCCAUCCACAGCGCUACUGGCCCCAGGGUGCUGAGAGAUGAGGAGGGUCUUUGGGAUGGGGAGACCCAGAGUGCCUACAACCUGGUGAGAGGCGUCAGCCCCCAGCAGCGCUACCAGCCCAUCCCAGGCAGCUACCAGCUCCAGUUCGCCAUCCAGCAGCUGCAGCAGCAGAAGUUCCAGUCCCGCCAACUGCUUGACCAGAGUCGCACCCGCCACCAGGCCAUGUUGGCUGCUAAGGCUAUGAUGCCACCCUAUCCUGUGAUGGCUCCUUGGCCCCAGGCUCCCACCGGCCCAUCCAUCUCCAGUCUACCAGUGACCCACCCAGGCCGCCAGAACCACAGCCAUGCCUGCGCAGGCCCAGGACACAUCCUCAACCCCAAACCACCCAGCAGUGCCAGGGAGGGCCUGGUCAGGAAGACAGCCACCCAGCGCCUCAGCAAACAGACCUCAUCAGAACGCCCAGCCAAUGGAGCUCUGACGUCCAACUCGCAGCAUGUGGUCUACGAGGCCGUGUGUGGGAAAGCAGGUCUUUCUGGGUACAGCAAACUGUUUCAGGGACAGGGGUCCAAGCUCAGAUGACAGCGAGAUAACCAGAGAAAGGACGGGAGCUAUGGCACACCAUCUUGCCGACAGAGGUGUCUCUGCAUGUGACCACAGGUGCAUGCUGGGUAGGAAAUAACUUAAGGAUCCCGCUGCUGUGACUGUAUGUCUGACACACACCAGGCCCUGUUACUGCUUCUAUAUGAAGGAGACAUGCAAGAGGAUCGCCUGCCCUUUCAGGAAUCCCUGGGCCUGACGCAGGUCGGGAUCUGUUGCACAGGCCAACACUUUCCAGUGGCUUUCUGUAUCACCCCACCCCCCCACAGCCCCAACUCCAAAACCUAUCGCAGCAGUUGUCAUCCCUCAUUCUCCCCAUGCUGUCUGUCUGUGUCUAUGCCAUGGAAAGACUUCAGUGACAGAUACCCAGCAACAGCUGGUUCCCACCAGAGGCCCCAUGGGCACUAUCACUGGAGCUCAGAGUAUAGUCUUAGUACAUUAUAGUAAUUACUGUACAGGCAGAGAGAUGUGCUUUAUCACCCCCUUCUGUCUCAUUUUAAAGACAUGUUUGUGGUGUAGGGAAGUUUGGGUACAAAAGAGAAACUGCAAUUGACCAAUAUUUUAGAGAUUGUCUCAAUGAUCGUGUUUUACUGAGAAAUGAGCAAGUAAAGGAAGUGUUUUCUGGUGAGGCAGGCUUGAUGUUGUGCUUGGGAACCAACCAUCCAUUCUCUGAUGAAUGAAUUUAUCAGAGAGUAUCACAAACAGUUGCCAAUCCAGUUAUAUUUGGUCCUUGUUUAUGUAUACUGAUGGGUUUCCUCUCUCUUUGUGAAGACUUGUUACAUUGGCUAGCAGGACACUUGCAUGAGUUGUAUUGUUGCCUUUACAGUUCUCAUGUUUGCACUCCCUUGUUUGUCUAUACUCUACGGUAACAUUAUAUACCAGACUUUUCCCACUAUGAACUGUAACAAGGUGUACAUCUGUUAUACUGCCAUUCUUUGUGCGCUCUGGCUUAGUAAUGUGCAGUAUACUGUUAGACCUGCACAGUAAUGUUUUUAACGCAAUUGUAUGUUACAAUACCUUGCAAUCAGUCGUUUCGGACUGUAAUGCAAUGACAAUGUUGUCCAUUUGUAGUGUGUGCUCUUUUACAACUUGAGGGAAAAAGCUAUUGAACGUGUCUCAUGGCCCCUGUGCUCAGAGCAUGGUGAUGAAGGGGUCUACCUAUGCAAUGCCAUCUUUUGUAUAGUAAACAUACUCAACCCUCCUUUCCACAGAGGGUUCUACCUGGAACCCAAAAAGGUUAUUCAAAGGGUUCUGCUAUGGGGACAGCUGAAGAACCCUUUUGUCUGAGAGUGUGUGCCAGCAUGCUGUUAUCGAGUACAAACUGGGGAAGAACAUAUGCAGCAGUGGGUUGGGUCAUGUAUUAUUGAAAGGGAAUACUAAGUUAGUGUGUUAGCCUUUUGCAUGUGUCUCCCCAACUGCUGUAUUGUGAGGGCCAAACUUUGGGAACCAUCAGUGAUCAUUUGCAAGCAAGACCAUUAAUAUCAGUAGCAGCCAGUGUCGUCUAUAUGUACUGUAAAUUGUUGCAUUGUAUAUAUUUUUUAUUUAUUUAAAGGUUGUCAAUCAAAUCAGUUUCCUGGACCUCAAAGUGAACUCGGGCCUAGUUCAAUCAGAUCCAGCAUUAACUGGCGCUAGCCGACACCAGCAUAGCUGAUGUUGUGGCGGGCUCGGGAGUGAAACUGCAUUGAGCUGUCAAAUCGGUGAGCAGCUGCUCUUGUGGUGAUUGUCACAAAGCCAAACCCGUCCCACUCCCAUUAGAAGUUCAGAAUGAGAAAGUGUACUCUAUAUAGAAAUAGUGACGUUCAAAUUGAAAAUCAUUCAACAAAAUUAGGAUUUCUAUCAGCCUAAUCGAGGUGUAGACUAAAUCUCACAUUCCAGUGUUUGAACUUGUAAACAACGCUGCAUGGGAAUCAUUUCAAUGCGACUCCAUGCAGCCAAUGGCAAUGUCCACUUUAGGUAUAAUGCCAAGAGCCGUUGUGGAUUUGAGCUCUUUAACCUAGUUCCACCUCCGACACGUCAAAACAUCAUCUAUGCGGAUUUUGGCUAAAGAUGAUCUGAUUGAAUCUGUCUCUUCAUCACUAGGAUCUCAAUAUGGAUAGCGGUUGAGCUGGGCAAAAAUGCAUAAUUUAUACUGAUACCCACAAAUGAUGAUUAUCUAAAGAUUUUGAAAAAAAAUAUACAUCUGUUCGUCCAAGAAAAUUUUUAAUUUAAAAAAGUGUUUAAGAGUAAUAGCAAUAAACUUUUACAGUUUGUGAUCUAGUGAAGUGUUCACCUAGUGACAUACAUUGUCUUGUACAACAGAAAAGUCAGCUUCAUUUAAGAAAAAAAUCCAGAAAACAUGAUUCUGUUGCAUAACAGAGGUAAACAUAACCAUAAAGAUACUUUGUUGAAUAAAGGUUGUUUUCCAGCAUUUUGUAUUUUUCCUAAGAUUAGAGUCCAUCAGCAUCUGUCCUAGAUUAACCAGUGUAGGGAAAUGUGGUGCACGCUGCGCUAGUUUCCAGCUUGGACAGUCUGUUUGUCCUGUGCGUCAAGGCUUUGUGUCAGCCCUCCAUUAAAAAGGAUGGUUCUCUUUAGGAAACAAAAGUCUGACAGAGCUUUUGCUUUAGCCACUUUGAUUAAUUUGCACUGUAAAUCCAGGUUCUCAGUGGGUCUCUCUUUUUGACUGCAACUACUGUAUGUCCUUGAGUAGGCAGUGGUCAUGGCUAGAACAGCUUACGUCAGUUCUUUUCCUCUGAGCAGGCAGAGGUUGGCUUUGAAUGCCCGUGGUCAUAUGGCACAAAGCUAACGGCAGUUCAGAAGGCCGAAAAUAUUGACAAAAAAAAUAAUGGAAGACACUUGACACUGAGAAGAAAAAAAACAUUGUAAAAGGCCAAUAAAGUUCUGUUGAGAUUGCUGGGUCUGGAGUGAUGUUUGAAAGUAAUUUGGGCACACAGCCUGGGAAUUGUGGGUAGAGUGGUGGGCUGCGUCUCUCUCUGCAGGGCCUCUGUGUGGGCUCGACUAAGGAGGGGGGAGAGUGUUGAGGGUAGACAGGUGUACUCUUGGUGGUGGGACAGACAGCAUACCACACUCCCCUUCCCCUCCCUCGGUGUAGUGCCGUGUGUGGCCCUGUCAGAUCCCAGUGUGCUGGGCCCGGGGCCCUUAGCUACACUUGCAGGACUUGACAAUCAUGUUGGAGAGCUGCUCCACCUUGGGCGUACGGCCCACGUAGUAGAGGAUGGUGAGGGGCUCCAGGUCCUGAGGCACACAGCAGGGAGAGGCAGACGCCUCAGGGUUCAGGGUGUUGUACAGACUCAGCAUCUACGGAGGGAUGGAGGAAGGGAGGGGACAUCAGGCCAGGUACAAUCACUACAAAAAUAAUUGUUAUUCCCUUUCAUUUCAUUUGGAUGAAAAACAAGUUUGUUUUUGAAGUUAGACCUUCAAUCAGAUCAAGCGUUAACCGGUGAUAGGCGACACCCGCAUAGCUGCUGUUUUGGCGGGGUCGGAGGUGGAUCAGAGUUGGCGCUUUCAAAUCGGUGAGCAGCUGCUCUUGAUCAUUAUCACACCGUCACACUCGCAUUAGAAGUUCAGAAUGAAAAUGUGUAGGCUAUAUAGAAAUAAUUAAAUCAUUCAAUGAAUAAAUGCAGAUUUAUAUCCGCCUAAGUUAGGUUUACAUUCCAUGUCACGUUCCAGUGCGACUCUUGUGGAUUUGACAGCACUAACACAGUUCCACCUCCGACAACACCAAAACAACCGUUAUGCAGAUGUCAGCUAAAGCGGAUCUGAUUGACUAGAGCCUUAAUACUAAGCAAUGUGAUGAUGGAUUGGUAUUUGUUCAUAUUGGCCUGGGAAACCUCAGGCUAUCAGAUUGUGUAGGUGGGUGUUGUCUGUUUAGGUGUGCCAACAUACAGUACAUGUUUGUAAGUGCCUGCAUUCCAUUGUGUCAUUUAGUGGUAAUAAUACUUAACACAGGGUAAUGAGUGCAUUACUGGUGUACAAGCCGUGUCUUACCGAGCUGUGUGUGGUGUCUGCGCUCCGUAAGUAAGGGCAGGGCCCAGAGCAGAAGUUAGCGUAGUAUCCCUUAGGCUCGUGGAUCCACCUCCAGCCCAGGUGCUGGCGGAAGUCAAUGUAGAGGGGUCGUACACAGCAGUUCUCCUCAUAGUUACUACAGUAGGCAGGAGAGAGUUCUUUAUGAAGCAAUGAAAUACCUCACCUGAAGGAGAAAUGCUCUAUUUCUAGUUUGUGUACAUUUCACUACAUGCAUGCAGUCUGACUGAGCCCUAAGAAGACCACAAAUUCCACUGGAAGGUGUGUCCUCAUUUCCCUCUUGGAGGCAGCCCAGGUGUCUUACUGUUGUCAGUGAGACUUGAUAGAGAGAUUCCAGAGUGGAGAAGAGGGGACAGCAUGUAAGAGAGGGGAGAGCGGCAGCUAUUGUACAGGGACAGAUCUUGACUUGUAUCAGGUUGCUAAUGCCUCUGCCAUGCUGCAGACUAUCUGACAGCAAAUUCGCCAGCUUAUUCCUACGCUCCUCUGCCAAAUGAAUUACAAACGAGAGAAGCCACCAUUACAAUUUGAGAUCCAACUUGACCUACUGUGUUGCUUACAGGAGUAACCAGGGGCUAUUUAUCUAUUGGACAAAAAUGUGGCUACUCAUCCUGCAGUAAGUUUUCAUCUAAAUAUAUGACAUGCACUCAAAUUGUUGUUGUUUUCAGCUAUGAUUUCACAGGUUGAUUUUGCACAGGAACUUAGUGAUUGAAUAAGAAGAGUGGUUAGUUACGAACGAGAAGCAGUAGUUGGUGUCCAGGGCUCUCUUGCGUCUGCGAGAUGAGGACUGGGCGUCUAUCCUAUGAGGGGGCAGCAUCAUGAGGAUGAGAUGAGGGAAGAGCUGCUCCUUCUGCUUCUUCAGUCUGCCCAGGUCCCAGCGGCUCUCAUCGUAGUCACCCUCCACACCUACAGGAGGAAGACACAGGGACAUCAGGGACAUCAGCAUUAGUACAGAGGUGUCAUUAGCAGAAUAAACUACGUAGACCAUUCCAUAGGGGGAAAAAAUGGAUAGAUUUGGUAAAUCAAGCUGAAGUGCAGUCCUAGUCCAUUAGAAAACAAAGUUCAGGUCAAUUCAAAUGUAGGCCCAAGUAUUUCAACAGAAUUGUUUGGCUAGCACAGACUGGAAUAUGUUCCGGGUUUCUGCCGAUGGCAUUGAGGAGUACACCACAUCAGUCAUUGGCUUCAUCAAUAAGUGCAUCGAUGAUGUCGUCCCCACAGUGACCGUAUGUACAUACUGUAUCACAACCAAGAACCAAGAAGCCAUGGAUUACAGGCAACAUCCGCACUGAGCUAAAGGCUAGAGCUGUCGCUUUCAAGGAGCGGGACUCUAACCCGGAAGCGUAUAAGACAUUUUGCUGUGCUAACAGCAAACCAUCAAACAGGCAAAGCGCCAAUACAGGACUAAGAUUGAAUCGUACUACACCAGAUCUGACGCUCGUCAGAUGUGGCAGGGCUUGCAAACCAUUAGACUACAAGAGGAAGCACAGCCGAGAGCUGCCCAGUGACAAGAGCCUACAAGACGAGCAAAACUACUUCUAUGCUUGCUUUCGAGGCAAAUAACACUGAAACAUGCGUGAGAGCACAGCUGUUCCAGAAGAAUGUGAUCACGCUCUCCGCAGGCAAUGUGUGUAAGACCUUUAAACAGGUCAACAUUCACAAGGCCGCAGGGCCAGAUGGAUUACAAGGACGUGUACUGCGAGCAUGCGGUGACCAACUGGCAAGUGUCUUCACUGACAUUUUCAAUCUCUCCCUGUCCGAGUCUGUAAUACCGACAUGUUUUAAGCAGACCACCAUAGUUCCUGUGCCCAAGAACACUAAGGUAACCUGCCUAAAUGACUACCGACCUGUAUCACUCACGUCUGUAGCCGUGAAGUGGUUUGAAAGGCUGGUCAUGGCUCACAUAAGCACCAUUAUCCCAGAAACCCUAGACGCACUCCAAUUUGCAUACUGCCCCAACAGAUCCACAGAUGAUGCAGUCUCAAUCACACUCCACACUGCCCUUUCCCACCUGGACAAAAGGAACACCUAUGUGAGAAUGCUAUUCAUUGACUACAGCUCAGCGUUCAACACCAUAGUGCCCUCAAAGCUCAUCAAUAAGCUAAGGACUCUGGGUCUAAACACCUCCCUCUGCAACUGAAUCUUGGACUUCCUGACGGGCCGCCCCCAGGUGGUAAGGGUAGGUAACACAUUUGCCACGCUGAUCCUCAACACAGGGGCCCCUCAGGGGUGCGUGCUCAGUCCCCUCCUGUACUCCCUGUUAUGACUGCACGGCCAGGCACGACUCAAACACCAUCAUUAAGUUUGCUGACUACAGUGGUAGGCCUGAUCACAGACAAUGACUAGACAGCCUAUAGGGAAGAGGUCAAAGACCUGGCUCUGUGGUGCCAGGACAACAACCUAUCCCUCAACGUGAUCAAGACAAAGGAGAUGAUUGUGGACUACAGGAAAAAGAGGACCAAGCAUGCCCCCAUUCUCAUUAACGGGGCUGCAGUGGAGCAGAUUGAGAGAUUCAAGUUCCUUGGUGUCCACUUCAUCAACAAACUAACAUGGUCCAAACACACCAAGACAGUCAUGAAGAGGGCACGACAAAAGCUAUUCCCCCUCAGGAGACUGAAAAGAUUUGGCAUAUGUCCUCAGAUCCUCAAAAGGUUCUACAGCUGCACCAUCGAGAGCAUCCUGACUGGUUGUGUCACUGCCUGGUAUGGCAACAGCUCGGCCUCCGACCACAAGGCACUACAGAAGGUAGUGCGAACGGCCCAGUACAUCACUGGGGCCAAGCUUCCUGCUAUCCAGGACCUCUAUACCAGGCGGUGUCAGAGAAAAGCCCUAAAAAUUGUCAAAGACUCUAGCCACCCGAGUCAUAGACUGUUCUCUCUGCUACUGCACGGCAAGCGGUACCGGAGCGCCAGGUCUAGGUCCAAAAGGCUUCUUAACAGCUUCUACCCACAAGCCAUACGCCUCCUGAACACCUAAUCAAAUGGCUACGGAGACUAUUUGCAUUGCUCCCCUCUCUCUUUUACACCGUUGAUACUCUCUGUUAUCAUCUAUGCAUAGUCACUUUAAUAACUCUACCUAUAUGUACAUAUUACCUCAACUAACCGGUGCCCCCGCACAUUGACUCGGUACCGGUACCCCCUUGUAGUCUCGCUAUUGUUAUUUUACUGCUGCUCUUUAAUUACUUGUUACUUUUAUUUCUUAUUCUUAUCUGUGUUUUUGUUAGUUAAGGGCUAUUAAGUAAGAAUUUCACUGUAAGAUCUACACCUGUUGUAUUCGGCGCAUGUGACUAAUAAAAUUUGAUUUGAGAACCCUG